CUCUUUUUAUCUAAAUAAAAAAAACUACUUAUUUAUUUGCCUUUCAAUAGUGUACUAAAUUUGUCAAUGUCUAACUUAAUUUCAAUGUCAAAAUAUCUCUUUUGGCAACCCAAGCACUAUAGUAAUUUUUAUACGUGGCGUUUUAGAAAUACGAAGGGAAUCUGUCAGCGCCUGAGUGAAAAGAAUAUCAAAUUUUGUAAAAGUGAACUCAUUGCACAUCUUUGAAAACAAACCAGUAUUAAUAAACCUAUAAACAAUAACACUAAAUUCAAUGCCUCCUAAACGAAAGGUAGGGCGUCCACUUGGGUCCAAAAAUAAGAAAGGAAGGAAAACGGACAAAAAGAAUGUUGGGAAAAGGAAGGCUGUAUCGUUAAUAGGUGUAGUUGAGGACGGAGAUGUUUGUUCUUCAAAUGGUAAUGAUUGUUUUAAAAGCGUUGAAAAUAUCUGUGGAGUGUGCAAAAAAAUAUUUAACUCUCAAGACGAGCUAGAAACACACUACAAACGGUGUCGUGCUUUGGAAAUUGUAUCAGAUUAUUUCCCGAAGGCAGCAUACACUUGCAAUGAAUGUUCCAAGAAAUUUCGAUUCAGAAAAAGUUUUAUUGAACAUUGCAAAAAUGAACACUCUAAGUCACCAAAGAGAGUGGCUUGCAGUCAGUGCAAUGUCUAUUGCCCGGACAAGAAGACAUUGGGUGAACAUGUUGCUAAGGUCCAUGAAAGAGAUAUGUAUGAAUGUCCUACAUGCAAGCGGCUAUUUGUCCGUCGAUCACAUGUCCUUCGGCAUAUGGCGCAGACAGGCUGUGAUGGACAAGGAGCUGCAGAAUACACAUGUGAAAUAUGUUCUGCAAAAUUCACGAGAAAAGACAAUUUAAUGGUUCAUAUAAGGCUGCAACAUAUAGUAAAAAAUGUUUACAAAUGCAAGAGCUGCAAAUAUGAUUCAAAAAAUUUUUCCAAGUUGGUUGCCCACUGGCAUGCAAAUCAUUCAGAGACUCCAGGGCAGUACCAAUGCCACAAUUGCAGCAAAUGGACUAGCUCACGAGCCGCCAUGACCAAGCAUCUUGAAAUACAUGGUGAAAAGAAAUAUUCAUGUGAUGUGUGCGGGUACUGCACGUACACGGUGGAGGUGAUGCGGCGCCACGUGCUGACGCAUGUCGCCGACAAACCGUACAAGUGCGAGGUCUGCCCCAAGUCCUACAUCCAGCGGGCGCAGCUACAGCGCCAUCUCGAGGUCCACGCAGGCAACCGGUGCAUCAAGUGCGAUACUCCAUUUCCCUCCAGAGCGAAGUUACUGGUUCACAUGAGAGAACAUAUGGGGUUAGAUAAGUUAAAUUGCCCCAUGAAGACAUGUACUUAUCACACAAAAGCAUUCUCCAGCGAAAUAAGCCUGAACCAGCAUUUAAAAAUUCAUUUAGAGAACAAACCGUACAGCUGCGAGGUGUGCCACAAGAAGUUCCACUUGGAGGUGAACCUGCGCCGGCACCUGGAGACGCACACGCUGGACCGGCCGCGGCGCUGCAUGUACUGCGUGUCGGCGCGCGCCUACGUGCGCGGCGCCCAGCUCAUCCGCCACGUGCGCAAGAACCACGAGAACAUCUUCCGCGGACACCUCCUGCAUGUGCGACAAGUGCUCGGUGCCGAUAGCACUGUAGAAAGAGUGAAGAAGUCUGAAUUGGAAGCAAUCCUCAAUUUGUUAGAUGUGGAAUCGGAUCGAAUCCUGCAAGGCUACAGCGGGUCUGAUGUGCUCUAUGGUGGUAUACAAGAUGAAGAAAAUCGUACCAGUAAGGAAGCUCCUAACAUUGAGCCAAAGAAAGUAAACUCUCCGCUGCUGUCUGAAGAAGAACUUACUGAUAAUCUAAGAAAACUGCUUUCUAAGCUUAUUGAUAAGGAGACACUCGAUCUUUUUGGAUGGCCGGACGAGAGCAUAGAUGUGGUAUUGGAAAAAGUGAUCGAGCAAUGUGGCGCUAAACCCGCAGACCGCGACAAGUGGACUCGUGUACAACGUUUGCGCGAGAACUCCAAACACUUGUUCUUGUACGUUAUUGAAGACAAGAACAUCGCCCGCAUGCUGGGCACCCACACCAUUGAUCAAAUUAUUAAACAUAUACUGAAGCAAGUCAGCGACGAUGAUGCCAACGAGAUCUAGUAAGCCAUUGUACAUUCACGUAUGUUUAUUAUAUACUUGCACGAUUACGUCAACAUAUCGACUCUAUUACGGUCUUAAAACAUUUGUUGAACUUUGGAUUCUAUAAGAAUAAAUCUGUUAUUAUUAUAUGUUUUACGUUACACACUUACAUCUUGUAAAUUUUGAUUAACUGAGUUAAAUGUACAUACGUAACUACUUAAUAAUUUUAUAAAACAAAUUAUGGUUGCUAUUGUGCAAGAUUUAAUCUAUCUACCCAAGAAUUAUGAACAAAACCAAUAUAUUUUAAUUUUAAUAAAGUGGAUUGUUAAAAAUAACAUAUAAAUAACAAGCAAUUUUAGCUUGCAUUUAAGUUUUUCUACGGUUUUGCAAUAUAAUUAUUGGUAAAUAGCUAAUGUUUUAGAAGAUUUAUAUGAAAUACAUAUAAGGUACAAAAUACUUGAGAAUAUGUUGUGCAAUCGUCUGUGGAUGUACCUGAUGUUUUUUUUUUAAUGUAAUCAGAUUAUUAAGUGAUUUAUGUCCAAUGAUCAAACCUGUUUCAUGUUGUGGUCAGUGUUAAGUUGUUAGGCUCCCAAUUUUAACUAAACUGUUUAAAUUGAUUGCAUUUCUAACUGAUAUUGAAGUAGUAAUAUCAUGAUUUUUUAGCAACUUUUGGUUUUACUUGCAUUUUCCUAGAUAUUAAUUAUGAAAAUUGUAUUUUCAUCUUGGUGGCCUUAAAUUAGUAAUUAUUUUUUAUAGUUUAUAAAUAGGAUAUAAUAGAAUAAAUAAUUGCUUUUUAUCAGGAAGGCUUUCGUUUAGCCACUUAUUAUCUACAGGAACAAAUUGUGCGUAUUAUUUCUUAUCCAUGUCCGCUCAGAGUAUCUCUUAAAAUUUUUAUCCUUGAAAAUUACAAGACACGUUUUUUUAUGUAAAAGACAUUAAUCUAGUUAUUUUGUGAAAAACGUGCUUCCACAGCUUUAGCCAAGAAUUUUUAAAACAUGUAUUUUAACAGUUAUCUAGAAAAUAUUAUAUUUUUAUAUUGUUAACAUUUAUAAUACGUAACAACGUAAGCUAAAUUUAUUUUUAAGAAUAAGUGUUUAUGCUCUUUGCACUAUUAAAUAUUUGAAGUACGGGUGGACUCUUCGAACUGUUGGUAAUGUUCGCUAAUUUAUUUAGAAAUAUAAAUAUUGUUGCUAAUAAUAUUGAAAACUUAAUUAUUAUUGUUUCUUUCACUUUUUAUAGAAAGCAUUCAAUAUACUAUGGCAAAAAAUUAAAUACGAAUGUGCCUAUUAACGUAAGUACACAUUAUAUUAAUAGCUAAUUCAUAUUACUUAUCCACAUUUAGAUUGGCUUGGCAACUCCUGUAAUCCGGCUUCUCGGAGGUCGGGACCGGAGGAUGGUUUGAGGUCGGGGGUUCUGGUGCUGAGUGGCCCAUGUUGACUGGACGUCCACACUAAGCCUGGUAUUGAUAUGGAUCCCCCGGAGGAGUCUGGGGGAUGCAGGUCUACUAAGGAGGGGCACCGGGCCAGGGGGGAAACCCAGCAGCCAAAAGUCCCCGUAUCGGGCAGUAGUGGGAUAGCGGCCGGGAGUGGGUGCUCAGUAUCAGCCCGACCAAUAAAAUCAGACCCGUUCCUUUUUCGUUUAAAAAAGGGAAGUGAUCGGCGGCGGAGACCUCUCGCGCCCGGCCUUAGUCGAGGCCAUGGUGCGGAGUGAGAGGAACUGGGACGCCGUCUCCUCCUUUUGUGAAG